UGGGUAUCAGAAUUUGUCUUCCUGGGACUCUCACAGACUCGAGAGCUCCAGCUUUUCCUGUUUCUGGUGUUCCUGUUUGUCUAUACCACCACUGUCGUGGGAAACCUCCUCAUCAUGGUCACGGUGACCUCAGACACACGGCUCCACACACCCAUGUACUUUCUGCUCCGAAAUCUGGCUGUCUUAGACCUCUGUUUCUCCUCUGUCACUGCCCCAAAGAUGCUGGUGGACUUCCUCUCUGAGAAGAAAACCAUCUCCUACCAGGGCUGCAUGGCCCAGAUCUUCUUCUUCCACUUUCUGGGAGGCGCCAUGGUCUUCUUCCUCUCAGUCAUGGCCUAUGACCGCCUUGUUGCCAUCUCCCGACCCCUCCACUAUGUGACCAUCAUGAACACACAGCUCUGUGUGGGACUUGUGGUGGCUAGCUGGAUAGGAGGAUUCGUCCAUUCCAUUGCCCAACUGGCUCUGAUGCUCCCGUUGCCUUUCUGUGGCCCCAAUGUCCUGGAUAACUUCUACUGUGAUGUCCCACAAGUGCUGAGACUUGCCUGCACUGACACCACCCUCCUGGAGUUCCUCAUGAUCUCCAACAGUGGACUGCUGGAUGUCAUCUGGUUCUUUCUCCUCCUGACCUCCUACUCAGUCAUCCUGGUGAUGCUGAGGUCCCACUCUGGGCAGGCGAGGAGGAAGGCAGCUUCCACUUGCACCACCCACAUCGUCGUGGUGUCUAUGGUUUUCAUUCCAAGCAUUUACCUCUAUGCCCGGCCCUUCACCCCCUUCUCCAUGGACAAGGCUGUGUCCAUCAGCCACACGGUCAUGACCCCAAUGCUCAACCCCAUGAUCUACACCCUGAGGAACCAGGAGGUGCAGGCAGCAGUGAAGAGACUAGGGAGGCGCCGGCUGGUUUGUAAAAGGGAGUGACAAUGAGUGGGUCACUUCUCUCUGGCUUUGUUUUCCAUUUGUAAAGUGGAGGGAAAGCUACUGUGUCUGCUGGCUAUCUUCAUAGCCUGUGCAUAUGUUGUGGAGGUCAUCAUAGAAGUGAGUGAGUUUUGAAACUAAGCAACUGCCUCAGAUUUUUGGGAAAAAGGGAAAAGUCCCCUUUGGUGGCUAAGGUUUGUGCCAGGUUUCUAAAACCCCUGCUCAUUGAGAAGUGUUCUCAUGACUCUGGAAAGCUACACCCUUCUUUCCCCCUUCCUGGGGGGUCGU